AUGAAGCUCCUGUUCGUUGCCCUCUUCUUGGUAUCCAUCCUCUCAUGUCUGGCCAGGCCGGGUUAUAAAGACAUCGAUUACAAACUAUUUGAUGAGGAAUCGUCGGAUGCUCUUGCCAUCGACAAAGUCUACGAGGUUGUCGAAUUCCCCAAGCAUCACCAUCACCAUCAUCACAAGAAGGCGUCAAAAACGAAUCGAUUGGAUCGACUCAAAAGAUUCUCUGUCUUGAACGACCUUCUCUAA